CAGUCAUCAGUCCCAGAUACCCAAGUUGCCACCUGCCACUGGCGGUUCACUCACCUGACUCGCUCCCCGCCUCCACUCAAUCGGCCCACCACCCCACUUGGCACCACACCAACACGGAGCCGUCCUUUGCUCCCUCUCGUCUCUGCUCCUCCUCAUCAACAGACACCCACAGACACAUACACACCACCGGCACAGCGAGCACCACCGAGCUCCUGCUGCUUGCCUCGCCUCGCCCCUGCUCGCUCUCACCUCCCACCGCUACCAGCCCCGCGAGCCCACCCAGCCCCACCCCCCCGCCAUGCUCUAAUGGCCCCACGUCGCGACAAGGAGAACGACGCGGGCCCCCCGGGGGCCGGCACGCUCUUCGUCUACGCGCCCAACCAGGCGCCCGAGGAGAGUCGGUGGGAGAGUCUGCCAACAACCGUCCCCCUCCUCACCCCCUCCCCCGACAGCCUCCUCCUCCGCGGAAUAGCAGACUACACGUACCUCCCUGCGUCGGCGGGCGGCAUCCUCGGCCGCGGCAAGUUCAGCACCGUGUACCGCGUCACGGCGGGCGCGACCUCGGCGAGCGGCAAGGUGUUCGCCCUCAAGCACACACCGCUGUACCCGCACCACGCGCUCAUUGCCGCCCGGCUCCUCCGCGAGCCGACGCUGCUCGCGCAGCUCACGCCGCACCCUUGCCUCAUUGGCGUCGACGGAUUCGUGCGGACCGACGCGCACUUCUACCUCGUUGAAGAAUGCGCAUCAUCGCACGUCCCGCUCCCGCAGCACCCGCUCCCUCUGCGCCCGACACGCGCCGCCCGCCUCCUCGACCAGCUGGUCAGCGUCGUCCGCGACUGCUUGCACGCCGGCCGCGUGUGCCACCGCGACCUCAAGGGAGACAACGUGCUCGUCGAUGUCGAUACGGGCAAUAUCCUGCUGCUCGACCUCGGCCUCGCGACUCACUUCUCUGCAAGCGAACCCAAACUGACCACAUGUUGUGGCUCGCCUGCCUUCCAUAGCCCAGAAAUCGUGCACGCGCUCAACAACAAGCCCGGAGAGGUGACAUACUAUGGCCCCGAGAUCGAUAUCUGGUGUAUCGCCCUCACGCUUCUCUCGCUCCUCCUCCAGACGCGCUUCCCUCUCGGCCCGACGCACACGUCACGCCAAGUCAUGCGCGAGCGCGCCAUGGAUGUGCUGCAGGAGCUCGACGAACUGUACCCUCCCUCAGCACCGUGGCAGGGGAUGGGACUGGCCGCCAGCUCGGUGCUGAGCGAGGCCGAGCGUCAGGCCGAAGCCGACGCCUGGCCGCGUGUUCGCAACGCCAUGAACGUGUUUGUCGACCUCGACCGCCAGCGCCGAAUGACCGCCUUCAACGAGUACGACGUUGGCGAUGAGAUGCGCCAGCGCGUUCACGACUACAAGGCCCCAGACACCUUCAAAACAACAUCGUUCAUCCCCACCGACAUCAAGUACACGCUGCCGCUAUACCUGGAUCAAGAGCACCCAGAUCAGCCAGGGCCCAUCGUCCUGCGCAACCCCACCGGCGAGCCACAGAAGCGCAUCAUCUCCUACCUCAAGUAUCUCCUCCGAUCAGCUGGCAUCCUCUAUCACCACGUACCCGACACCCACCCCGUUAUUCUCCAGCUCGUCUUACCAAUAGGUCCAGUACCAGCUGAGCCAGACCCCGCAGUCAACGGCUCGGCAGACCCAGGGCCAUCUCGCGUGAGCUGGAUCCCGAGCUUGCUCGGAAUCGGCAAGAAGCCGCCCCCACCAGGACGGUCGGCCUCCGUUCCCCCGGUCAGCACUUCUAGGUCCUCAUCGCCUGCUGGCCAGCCCCAGAAGGGAAAGAAGGCCUGGUCGCAGCAGGUGUGGCUCAGGAUAGAGAUCGAGAAACCUGUGCCCAAGAGCCGGCCGCCGAGCAGUAGAGGAGGGAGCAGAGUGCCCAGCCGCGCACCGAGCCGAAACCGAGACGCACCGUCGCGCCCUGGAAGCCGAGGACCGAGUGCAAGCUCGUCGCGACGAGCCAAGGCACCGACCGAGGACAUGCUGUCUCUCACUCUCACAGAGCGACUCCAUCACCACACCACCGUGACGAACAGUGCCGGUGGCAUCAACGGCCACGCAACUGCCGUUUCACAUACCACCGAGGUGUCGCUCGAGUCGGUAACCGAAGGCCAAGUCCCGCUAUCGGUCCACGCAACACGCCAUUUGCAAUGGGCUGCACCACCAUCACCCUCACCAUUAAGCAGGCAGGUCACUCCCGACUCGGGCCCGCCAUCCCCUACGGCCACACGAGCCCCUGGUAUCCGACGCGAGCCAUCCAACGGUGGCGGGUCUCGCGGCUCUCCGAGGGUAAUCCUGUAUCUCACCGAGCCGCGGGGAUACGAGCUCAUUCGUAAAGCACUGUCGGCCGCCGUGCCGACCAGCAACCGCCCGGCAACGGACACCCCGCCUCCAGUGUCGCCAGCUACGGCACUAGCAAUCCCGCUGUCCGGCUCGAGCGGGAACAGCAGCUCGGCGUCGACCUCGGACGCAGAGGAGGAGCAGGCCGAUAGAGGCCGCGCACGGUCCAAGGAGACGCCGCCGGACCGCGACUCGCGCUCUGAGACAGUGCGCCCGGGCACCAAGGGGGACGCCACACCAGUGGCGGUGAGCGUGUCCCCGAAAUCUAGACCGUUAUCAAACCACAAGACCAAGGCAAGGUCGCCCAAGUCGCAGAAGGAGCGUGAGGGCAGCGUCGGCACUCCGACCGGCGUAGCGGCCAAACCGCGGGUACGCGAGCCCAGCGGAUUCCUAGAGUCGUUCCUCCUCGGCCGCCCGGGCUCGUCUAGCGCUGAGCCCCUCGUCGCUAUGCCGAGGAGAAGCAGCUCGGUGCCGCCGUUCACGCCGCGGCCGGACCGGAGAAAGCAGCGCGAGUAGGGGCGGGGGAGGCGGCAUCGCAU